AUGCGCCCAUCCCACAGCUACAAACCCUUUCCUAUGCCGCAUCGCCGCUGUCCCCUCCUCCCCUCGCCACGACCCCCUGUCGCCGCCUCCCCUUCCUGCCGCCGCGCCUGCUUCGGCGCCGCCUGCGCAUCCCGCUGCCGCGACGCGCCGCCUGCCCGUCCCGCCGCCGCUUCAUCCCCGCCCACACUUCCUGCAGCCGAAACUGCCCCGUCGCCGCCUGCAGAUUCAGCCGCAUCUGCACCCCCCCUUCCCCCUCUCCCUACUCCUUUCCCCGUCCCCCUGCGCCCCUCGUCGCCGCGGCCUGCCUGCCGCCGCCGUCCCUCGUUUCGCCGCCGCAGCCAUUUCCCCGCCGCCUCCACCUUUCCGCCGCCGCAACGUGCUUGCAGCCGCCGCUCUCAAAAUCGCCGCCGCGGCCCUUCCGCCGUCGCCUGCGCCCUUCGUCAUCGUGGCCUGCUCGCCGCCGCCGCUCCCGACUUUGCCACCGCCUCCCCUUCCCGCCGCCGCACGUUCGCGCAGCCGCCCGCGCCCUUGUCACCGCCGCUCCCAGCACCUUGA